AUGACCGGCCGGGACGCGCUUUCCGAAGGGCGCGCCAGGAGCAGGGCGCUGGUGCCCGGUGGCUCCCCCACCGGCUCGCGCCCCCGGGGCUUCGCCAUCACUGACCUGCUGGGCCUGGAGGCCGAGAUGCCGUCUCCUGGCGGCCCCGGGCCGGGAUCGGGCUGCGAAGGCCCGGCGGCGACGCCCUGCCCAGGUCCCGGGCUCGGCGGCCCCUGCCUGGCGCGCGGGGCCCUCCCGCUGGGACUCGGUCUCCUCUGCGGCUUCGGCGCGCAGCAGCCCGUGGCCGCUAGGGCGCCCUGUCUGCUUCUAGCCGAUGUGCCGUUCCUGCCGCCCGAGGGGCCCGAGCCUGCCGCCCCGCCAGCCCCCGGCCGCCCGCCUCCCCCGCCCGGCCACCAGAAGCGCAGCGAGAGCGUCUCAACGUCCGGUGAGGACAGCCCACCUGCAGACAGGAGUGGACUGAAGGCGCCCCCCACCCCGAGCAAAAGGAAGAAGCGGCGGCACAGGACUGUUUUCACCGCCCACCAGCUGGAAGAGCUGGAGAAGGCAUUCAGUGAGGCCCACUACCCUGACGUGUACGCCCGGGAAAUGCUGGCUGUGAAAACCCAGCUCCCCGAAGACCGAAUACAGGUCUGGUUUCAAAACCGGAGGGCCAAGUGGCGGAAGCGGGAGAAGCGCUGGGGCGGCAGCAGCGUGAUGGCGGAGUACGGGCUCUACGGGGCCAUGGUGCGACACUGCAUCCCGCUGCCCGACUCCAUCCUCGACUCCGCCAACCGCCGCCUGGUGGGCUCUUGUGCACCCUGGCUCCUAGGGAUGCAUAAAAAAUCCACAGGGAUGAUAAGGAAACCAGGAAGUGAAGAAAAGAUGGCAGAACUCUGGGGCUCUGAACACAUCAAGGAAGGUUCUAGCAAAAGUCAGGCAGGCUCUCAGAGAGUCUCAGAUGAAGGCAGCCCUGAGAACAGCUUGGACGAUGUGGCCAUUGACCUCUCCAGCUCUGCACGGCAGGAGACCAAGACAGCACACCAGGGGACUGGCUCUCAAGGAUGUUCAGACUCCAGGGGGCUGGAGGGGCUCCAGCCCGGGAGAGGGGGAGCUCAAUGA